AACGCGUUUCUCGGAACAAACGAUAUUGGCGAAUUGGGCUCUCUGCAACUGCUGCUUACCCCUGGAUCGUGUUCUUCACGAGCUUCCUUGUACUUUUGUUCAGGCUUCUGGUGAGGGCUUUGUCAAUGUUAUAGCGACGUUUAUGUGGGGAAGUCAUGCGCUCAGGUUGAGGGAAUGCCUCUCCGCACUCCCGAAGGGACGAUGCAUAACGAGAUGGUAUAGCAGCAAUGCUGCCGAUGCACCUAUAAGUGAUCAAGAGUUCUUGGGAGAAUUAGACAAGAGUCUUCCGCGUUCAUCAUGGAGGACACAGAAGACAAUCGGCCUUGCAAUAAGCGGUGGCGUGGAUUCUAUGGCCCUGGCCACGCUUUGCUCGAGGUUACGAGGCGAUUCUGCUGCCUUCCCAAAAUGCCACGGGAUCAUCAUUGACCACAAGGCACGCCCCGAGAGCACAGAAGAGGCCCACUGGGUAUCAGACCAAUUGCGGAAUAAACUUCAUAUGAAGACCUCAAUCGUACCGAUUACCUGGCCUGAGGACGUUGAUCCGCACAACUCCAGCCGUUUCGAGACCGUCGCCCGCAUACUUCGCUAUCGAGCUCUCGGACGGGCAUGCAGGGAUUCCAAGACGGAGUCGCUGUUGGUGGCCCACCACUUGGACGACCAAGUGGAGAAUGUCGUGAUAAGGCUCAUUGAUCAGAAGUGGAGGACGGGGCUUCAAGGCAUGAAGGUCAAGGAGUCCAUUCCUGAAUGUAGUGGUCUAUAUGGGGUCCACCAUAGCGGCCGGCCCACACUAUCAUCCCCAGACACGCCGCUUCCAAUCGAGAACGGCGGUAUCAACAUUCUGCGGCCUCUACUUGCAUUCGAGAAGAGCCGACUCAUUGCGACAUGCGAGCAACAUGGUAUUCCAUGGGUCGAAGACAAGACUAACAAGGAUCCGACUCUAACAAACCGCAAUACAAUCCGAUACAUCAUGCAAAAUAACAAGCUCCCGGCUGCAUUAUCGAAAGAUGCGUUGAUCGGUCUUUCAAAGCACAUGCAGGAUCGUGUCGAUUCGCAUCAGGACAUCGCAGAUCGGGUCUUCGACACGACUCCCAUCAAGCUGGACCUUCAGACUGGUUCCGUGAAAGUUCGCUUUCCAAAUGACAGUGCAUUCCUCGGUGGGAAACCCAUCGAAACGGAUGCAGACAAGGCUAUGGCAAGAAACACGGCUUGCCUGUUCCUACUACGCAUAACAGCGCUGAUCAGCCCGAAGGAAAACAACUCGCUCAGUCAGCUCGCGACUGCAGCCGACAACAUCUGGCCAUCUCUGAUAACGGAUCCGGGCGUUGAAGGGAAGAGUGCCUUCACGGUCCAUGGCAUAAGUUUCCGUGUCCACGACGAGCCAUCGUCCACUGACGUCGACACACGACCGUCCGAAGCUCAUGAAGAUGCACAAUGGUUAUUGAUACGCCAGCCCCUUGAAACACAAGAAAUGAAACGGGAGAGUGGGCUACAUAUAGUUGUUCCACCAUCUACACUCAUUCGUAACACGCCGGACAACUGGAAGCUCUUCGACAACCGAUUCUGGAUCACGAUUGAGAACAAGACACAGGACGAUCUGGUUCUCCGGAUGCUGACCCCAGAGGACGUCAAGAAGUACGCACCCAGCCGCCUACUAAAGCAAGAUCACGCGCAGUGGAUUGAGGACCGUUUGAUGAUAUCCGCGCUUAGUCUCGUCAGGCCAGAUACUCUCCGCAAGACCAUACCGGGUAUUUUCCGCCGACAGCGGGGAGAUCUAGGUUCCGACUCGCUGAUCGCCCUUCCCACCCUCGGAGCGCUACUCCGGCCGAGGGAUGGGGUCCACUUCUCGGACAUAUGCAAGUUUUCGCUUCGCUACAAGAAGAUUGAUAUCCGCGACCGCAAACUAUCUGAUGUUGUGGUCGGGGGCAUCGAUGCAACGGACAUACACUUGGAGUUCAAACGCCUGAUGAACAACCGGAAACUGUUCUCAUUCGUUGAACGACUUUUACUCCCAGGACAGGUCGACCAGGUGGUUUUGAUGAUUGGAAUGUCGAAAGCCUGGGAGAACACCGAUUACCAUUUUGGGCUAGGUACAGGAGAUCAUUCGAUGUUUAUUUGGGCGGCCUGAAGGACGAAGGCCAAGGCCAAGAGAGAGCGAAUUAUACAGCAGAGUCGCAGACUGAAGGGAAGGGAAGAGGAGAGCAUGAGGGGGAGAGGAGAAUAUGCAUGCAGACAGCCGAGAAGGUCGACAGCUCCACGGAGCCACGACUGCUGCAGUGGAUGUCCAGAUUAGCAUUUAUGGACCCAUAGUAGUGGGAUAUCAUCCUCGUAGGCGAGGGUACAGCUUAGCCGAGCACAUGAAAGACGUUCAGUUUUUUCUACCGUAAGGACGAAGAGAAGAAUGGCCGGGACUAAAGCCUUGUAUAGGAUGACAAGGGGCAUGUAGGGAGUA